CCUUUAUUCACUUUCUUCCACGAACCCUAUAAACCCUGCUACUCUUUGCCGUGAGAUCAGCCGCACCGUCCCGCUCGAAUCCAGUGUUAUUUGUAGGACAUGAAUCCGUGCCCUAAACUUGAUCGCUUCGUUGUGUAGUGUUGUGUCUUCCUCGCCGUUUUUGCUGGCUUCCGUCUUCAUUCGCCAAAAAUGAAGCUCGUUAGGUUUCUGAUGAAGUUGAACAACGAAACUGUGUCUAUCGAGCUCAAGAAUGGAACCGUGGUUCAUGGCACCAUAACAGGUGUUGAUAUUAGUAUGAACACACAUUUGAAGACAGUGAAACUUACGUUGAAGGGGAAAAAUCCAGUGACUCUAGAUCACUUGAGUGUUAGAGGCAACAACAUUCGGUAUUAUAUCCUUCCGGACAGCUUGAAUCUUGAGACCCUUUUGGUGGAAGAGACACCUAGGGUCAAGCCCAAGAAGCCAACAGCAGGGAGACCCAUGGGACGUGGGCGGGGUCGUGGUCGUGGGCGUGGACGUGGGCGGGGCCGCUAACUGCAUUCGUAAAUUUUGUGCCAUCUGGUUAUGUAAACACCAGUGUUGUAGGGAGAGUUUAAUGGUAAACUUAGAAGAGGAGUGGGAUAGCUAUUUACCUUAAUAUGGAUUAGGCUUGUUUAGCUAAAAGACUAAAACGAUUGCUUCAUCAUUUGAGUCGUAUAUUUCCAGGGUAAUGCCUAAGAUGCUACCAAGAGUUUAUUAUAUCUUCGCUUGCUUCA